AUGUCGCUAACGCAUAUACGGAUGGAUGACCGUACCCCACUUCUGGAGGGCUUACGGGGUCAAACUCUGCGCAUCCCUGAUCUUGCGUCUCUGCUUUACCCGGACUGGACUGUGGAAAGACACUUGAAUGAGUCUCAGAUUCGCCAAGAAAUACUUGAAGAAUUCGGCCCACGAUGGUACCGGGACAGUCGGAAACUGCAGAUAUUGAGAGACGGCGACUUUGUGCAACUCGCUGCCUAUUUCUGGGCUGGGAGCAGUUUAGAACGGUUUCGAGCGGUGGCGCAGUUCGCAAAUUGGUAUUUUCCUUGGGAUGAUGAAAUUGACUGCGGGAAGCUGAGAUUUGAUCAAGAAAGAACUAUCCAGUAUGGAAGAGACACGGUAAGCUUUUUAAAAUGGUGCUUAGAGCCAGAAAGCUAUUAUCCGAACCGUUUGCCACGCCCUGUUUUCUGUACCGAGCACCAUACGGAUUGCUUUGAGGAAAUUGGAGUGGCCUUGCAAAGAGGGCAGUCGAAAGAGGCUUUGCGCCGCUACGCGGACUCCAUGUACCAGUACGUCGCUGCAGUCUGCGAUGUACAAAAGCAACGUGAAGUCUGCAUUCCAAGGUGGGAAGAUUAUGUAGAAGGCCGACUCGAUACCAUCGGAGUCUACCCCUGCCUCAUGGCUAUGGAAUAUGCAUAUGACCUAUCAAUCCCGUCUUGGGUCUAUGAACAUGAAGCCAUGACGGUCAUGUUCCGGGAGACUUCAAUUUCAAUAUUUAUGAUCAAUGAUAUCUACUCGUUGAAAAAGGAAGUUGCAGUCAAUCAAUCUGACAGUGCUGUUCCCCUGAAGAUGCAUCACGAUGGGCAUAUUAACGCGCAAAUUGCCCUGGACGAAGUUAUCGGUGAUUUAACGAGGUCAAGAAAGAAGUUUGUCGCAGCAGAGCAACGGCUCCUCUGUACAAAUCAAUACAACGAGUCGAGUGACAAUGCCAAAAAGGAUAUCCAGUAUCUAAUUCGGGGAUGUAAGAACAUGAUGGUUGGCAAUAUAAAGUGGUCGUGA